AUUUUGGUCCUCCACAAGUCUUCUUUCAUCAUUAACUAGAACAAUGGAAACUGAUCUUGCUCACUGCUUGGGUUAUUCAAAGCUCCAAAAUUAGCAAGGUUCUUUUGAUAAUUUCCAAUACUCCCCUUUGAAGGAUGGAAAAUAGUUACAGAUCAGAGAAACAGGAACAAGCAAGUGACCAUGUCGCCCCCGAAAUUAUUCCUGAGCCACAAACAAGAGACCAUGUCGCCCUCGAAAUCAUUCCUGAGCAUGAUGUCCUUGUAUCUUCCAUCAAAGAAAAGAUGGAAAACGUUGCUGUAUCAGUCUGCAUCUUCCAAGUCCCCGACAAACUUCUUGAUGGCAACAAAAAGAAGUAUACUCCGGAGAAUGUUUCCAUCGGUCCUUUGCACCGCAGAGAACCUACUAAAGUCGGGGAAGAUGAUAAGUGGCGGUAUUCUUAUGCACUCCUCAAUCGAAAUCCAAAUUUAGAAGCAAGCUUGAGCAUCUGUGUGAAAGCUCUUAGAGAGUUAGAGCACAAAGCGAGAAGAUGCUACGAGGGAGAGAUUGGCCUCUCUAGUGAUGAAUUUGUUCAGUUGUUGCUAGUUGAUGGCUGCUUCAUCAUUGAGCUGUUUCUUAAGUACGCUUACAAGAGCCUCAGAUCGCGACGAGAUCCUAUAUUCAGCACGGUAGGGAUGCUUUUCGGCAUGAGGAAUGACUUGGCAUUGUUACUAGAAAACCAAAUUCCUUUCUUUGUUGUUCAAAGGUUGUUUCAAGUAGUACCGCUUCCUAAAAAAUGUAAUGAGUCACUCAGUGAGCUCGCAGCACGCUUCUGCAAUAGAAUAAUCCCGGGAGAUGAUGAGCAUGUUAUCCAAGACAAGUUCAACCGAGAAGGGUAUCAUUUGCUCGAUCUGAUUCGACAUUCCAUCCUCCCAACAUAUCCAAAACUGCCACCGAAAGAAGAUACACCUCCCAAAAAUAUGGAUUGUGCAAAAAUUCUCAAAAGGGCAGGCAUUAAGUUCAAGAGCGCUAGAAGCCCAAGUUUCUUGGACAUCAAGUUUUCUCGCGGAGUUUUCAAAAUCCCCUCUCUUGAAGUCCACGGAUACACAGAAACACUUCUCCGGAACCUCGUUGCACUGGAGCAGCGUCAGAUUGACGAUACAGUACAGCACGUCACAUCCUACGCCUUCCUCAUGGGAUGCCUCAUCAGCUCUGAGAAAGAUGUGAAGUUCCUCCGGCGAAGGGAGAUUCUCACGCACGACGAGAAGAAGGAUAACGAGGUUUUCGAAGUGUUUAAGAAUCUAUGCAAGGAGAUCAGCUUGAAGGAUUUUUACUACGUGAGGAUUUUUGAAGAGGUAGGUGAGUACAAGAGAAAGAGUUGGCAUGAAAAGCGGCGGAAGUUGAAGCACACGCAUCUCAAAACUUCUACCUCGGUUGUUGUGUUUGUUGUUGCAAUUUUGCUUCUUCUUCUCACCUUUGUUGGAGCUUGCUUUUCCAUUCUUACCUUUGCUCUCCACCACGUUUAGAACAAAUAAUCGUUUAUCUCUUCACACACUUGGAUAUUUAGAGCAAAUAAUCAUUCAUCUCUUUUCACACUUGGAUGUGAAAUUGAUUGUUUUUUUACUUGGAUGUGUCUAUUUUUAACGUAUAUGAUAAAUAAUGGAUGAUGCACACGUAUUGAAUUUGCUGA